CCCUCCAGAAGUCACGAUGCUCCCUUCCUUCAUCGACCACGCUUCUUAACUCUUAAGCCAGUUGAUUUCUGCCUCGUGUCGGCCCAACAUCGUCACGCACAUUGGAAACUACAACAUCUUGCGGACUAAACACCAACCUCGUAUGGCUUUAUACUGCCCGCAGACAUGAAGUUGGACUGUAGAAGAUGAUGGUAGAAAAUGCGAUUUCAGUCCGAGGGGCGUACAAAAGGUACAGCCCCAAGGCUGUUGUACUUCAGGGGCUGAACAUGUCAGUCCAGCAAGGAAGUGUGUACGGUUUUUUAGGACCGAGCGGUUGUGGAAAGACAACACUUCUCAGUUGUAUUGUUGGCAGGAGUAGGCUAGACGAUGGAAUUAUAGAGAUUAAUGUAAAAAGCAGAUCAAAUAUAGGAUAUAUGCCUCAAGAACUGGCAUUGCAUAAAGAACUUAGCAUAGCAGAAACAAUAUCCUAUCAGGCAUGUGUACAUGGAAUUACCUGGAAUGAUUUAAAGAAAAGGAAAGAAGAACUGUAUACAUUUUUAAACUUGCCUAAGGAAGAAUCAAUCGUAGGAAGGCUCAGUGGAGGACAACAAAGGCGUGUUUCUCUUUGUGUAGCACUUUUACAUAAUCCUCCAAUACUAAUUUUAGAUGAGCCAACGUGUGGUGUUGACCCUCUUUUAAGCCAAGCUAUAUGGCAGUAUUUGUUGCAUAUGUCUUCUGUCUAUAAGAAAACUAUUAUAAUAACAACUCAUUAUAUUGAAGAAGCUAAACAGGCCCACCGAAUAGGUUUAAUGAGAGGAGGUAUAAUCUUAGAUGAACAUGAGCCAAAUCAACUUAUGUUGAAACACAACUGUGAUACUUUAGAGCAAACAUUUUUAUUGCUUAGUACAAAACAAGAAGAUGAAAAUAUGAGAAAACCAAAACAAUAUCCUAAACCACAUAAAAAACCACCCCUGCCCAUAAAGAGUAGAAACACUGUAUCAUUUCAGCACGUCAAUUCUCACAUAAUUAAAAGUAUAUAUUGGCUUAGGAGAAAUACAAUGAUUUUGGCAUUUCUGCUUCUGCUUCCUAUUGUUCAGUGUGUACUAUUUGAUUAUACAGUAGGGAGGGAUCCUAUUGGUAUAAAAAUGGGUGUAGUGAAUGAUGAAUUCUCAGGAUCCAUUUCAGAUUGUUUUUUACAAAAUGAUAAUGCUUGUACUCCUGGACUGCCCUUGUCUUGUUCAUAUUUAAAAGUUUUAAAAUUAAAAAACUUGGAAUUGGUUAGUUAUCCAAAUAAUGAAACCGCAAGGGAAGGUGUGAAAACGAAUAACGUUUGGGGCUUUUUACACUUUUCAAAAAAUUAUUCCGAAGCUCUUAGGGAACGAAUUGCUUAUAAUUUGGGAACGAAUGAUGAGAGUGCGGAAAACAGUGAAGUCAAUAUCUGGAUGGAUAUGUCAAAUCAAUACAUUGGGAAUUUAGUCAGAAGGGAUUUAUAUUUUGGAUUUUUGGAAUUCAUGGAAAAAAUAUUCAUUGACUGUGAUUGGCCAGAAGAAGCUGCAAGAGUGCCAAUCCAUUAUGAACCAGCAGUCUAUGGUGACCUGAAACCGAGCUUUGCGGAUUUUGCAAUUCCUGCAAUACUACAAUUAUUUGAAUUCUACUUACCGAUGAUGUUUACAGUUGGAGCAAUUUUAAUGGAGAAAAGAGAAGGAAUACUAGAAAGAAGUUUAAUAUCAGGGAUGUCUCUUCCAGAAAUAAUGAUCGGUCAUGCAAUAGUGCAGUUUGCCGUUCUCGCAAUACAGACUCUAUUCAUGAUGAUUGUCUUAUUUGUUAUAUUUGACAAUACAAUUAAAGGAAGUCUUUCUUUAGCCCUUGCUCUUCUCUUCCUUGUUGGGUUAAGUGGAAUGUGUUAUGGAUUUUUGGUGUCUGCAAUUUGUGAUUCUGAUCAAAUGGCCACGUACAUGGGACUGGGAAGUUUUUUCCCACUUUCUAUGUUGAGCGGUAUGAUUUGGCCUUAUGAGGGAAUGCAUUAUUUCCUGAGAUCAGUAGGAUUAUUCCUGCCAUUGACACUUACAACAGAUGCGUUUCGAGCAAUAUCGACCAGAGCGUGGACAAUUUCUCAUCCAGUAGUUUAUGCCGGUUUUAUUUCUUCUCUUGGUUGGAUAGUGUUUUUUUGUAUAGCCACAUAUGUUGUUGUUUUGUUUAAAGGUGGCAUUAGAUCAAAAUAAUAAAACAAUGAGUUUAAAUUGUAUGAUUUAUAUCACAGCAUGACAUUUGAAUUUAUAUUUUGUAAAAAAAAUACUGAUGAGUACCUUUAAAUAAAAUAAUUUUUUUUAAAUAUCGAUAAACAACUUAGUUAAUUCACAUGUUUAUUACCUUUUUUUAAUAUUCUAACAGUAGGCUAUUUUAUUGAGGGAUAAUCUUGUUGUAUUAAAAUUUAUACAAACUACAGUAAUGAGUAAAGUGAAAUGCAUUGAAUACUGUUGAUCAUAAUGAAUAAUGUGAAUAAAAAAGUAAUC